AUGCGUGGGUCGCGUCCCUCUACUACCUGGAUAUUUGGGUCAACAUCACCAACUUUGGCGUCGCGACGAUGCAAAUUCAGGUCAGCGACGACUUGGGUCUUGUACUGCAAGGUGUCCUUUACCUCGCACGCUCGGUCUGGUUUGCAUAUUGGGGUCUCUGCCUGGUUUCCUUCCUACUGA